GCGCGCAGGUAUAGCAUUUAUUCUUUUUGCAAUAAAAUACAGUAUACUGGUCGAUUAAUUCGAGACAUUUUCACAGCUCGUAUUUCGAGUUUAAGAGGUCAAAAUGAAGUUGAUUCGAGAAAAAAGCCGUCGACGAACUAUACAUGAAAAAAACGACUAUGGCGGUAAAGUAUUUACAAAACAGGGAAGAGGCCGAAGUUGACGACAAGAAAUCAGUUUCACUAGUAAUCGGGAAAGUCCCUUUUUCUACCUCAGCUGUCACUAGUGACAACAUCUCUUGGGUUCUUUUGCUUAUUAUAUCACAAUAUACCAUCAUGAAAGAAGAAGAAAUAUCAGAUAAAACUGCUACUAUAAAGUACUAUAAAGACAUUCCCGCCUAUGGCCAUUUCCUCCAACACCACCUGUUACCCAACAUACCCGCACUCUUUGGCCCAGCUCUGACUGAAUCGUGGAAAGCACGGCGUGAGUGGGUUGAGCAAAGCAGCAACAACAACAAUAACAAUAACAGUUGUCAUGAUGAGCAACAAGAUCAUUCGGAAAUACCUGCUAUGCAACCACGUUUCGAUUACUUGAAGAAUGAGUUUGGAUCGGCUCAAGUGGGUGUGGCUGACUGUAUUGAACGCGAUUUUACGGAUCAAAAACGAUCCGAAAUGUCAUUUGAUGAAUUUGUAAAAGUUUGGCCGGCCGGACGAUAUUAUCUUAAAGAUUGGCAUUUUGUUCGGUCAUUUCCCGAGUACAAUGCCUACAAGGUGCCGCAUGUAUUUGAAGACGAUUGGAUGAAUGAAUAUUGGUUAAAGGAUAACAAGGAUGACUACCGGUUUGUUUAUAUGGGGGGCGAUGGUACGUUUACCCCGCUUCAUGCCGAUGUCUACAGGUCAUACUCAUGGUCAAGCAAUAUUUGUGGCAUCAAAAAAUGGACACUGUUUCCUCCAGGAGAAGAACGCCUUUUAAAAGACAAGCUAGGCAAUCUAGCCUACGACUUGCGAUCCAUCGACCCAGUCCAAUUCCCCUGUACCAAGCAAGCCAAACGGAUUGUAGUCUACCAACGGGAUGGCGAGACCCUGUUUGUGCCCAGCGGAUGGUUCCACCAAGUGGAGAAUAUCGGACUGACAAUCUCAAUCAACCACAACUGGUCCAAUGCGUGCAACCUCGGCAUGACAUUCCGAUCGCUUGCCUCGGAUUUAGACGAUGUGGAACGAUCCAUCGAUGACGUACGCGAGUCCAUGGCACCACUGGAAUUUGUCCAAACCUGUCAGCACCUGUUGCUUCUGCACAGUGGAUGGGACUGGUGCAUCUUUUUAAAGAUGUUGCACUGUAUUGCGCGCAGGCUGUCAUUGUCAUCGCAUCAGCAGCAACUGCAAAAGGAAGAAAAGACGAUAUCGCCGCCACAUGAAUUACUACGACUACAACACCACCAGCCGGACCUAGCAUGGCAGGCGCAGCAGAUUUUAGAUGUGAUAGAAGCAUGGAAUAAGAAGACACCAGAGAAACUGUUGAUGGAUGAGUACUUGGAGCAACAAGGUCUGCGCACAUAUGUCCAGGAAAUCAAAGAGUUACUACAGGAUAUACUUGACAUUAACAAGUGUUUAUCACCUAAUAAGUUGAACAUAUAAGCUGUAUUGAUACUAAUAGUGUCUUGAGAUCAUUACCUGCCACUAAUUUGAAUAAUGUCGAAGACACGUUCGUUGUUCUAAACUUUUCGACAGACUUGUUGGGCGUUGUGUUUGGAGGAGUGGUGGUCAUAUAUGACUUACAGUUUAUCGUUUAAUUGCUUGAC